UUACUUUUCAUAUUAAUUUUAAUUUAUUACUUUCACCCUCAACCAGAAGAAUUAGCGUGUUACGUGAUGACUUCCUCUGAGGUUGCACUGCAACUUCAAGUCGUCAAGUUACCAAUUUCUAGACAUUGUUGACGAAAUCAAAUUGUAUUAUUUUUAUUUGUUGUAUUGACUGACAUGAUCUAUAGAAAUUGUUCGAUUUUGGAUAUAUUGUUGCUGCUUCUUCUCUGCACUCCGCUGGACACGAAUCGAGUUAAGCGAUUAUCUACGCCAGACUGCGACGACGAAACGCACAAGGUGGAAAAGUAUGUGGUGUCGAUUCGUUCUAAAAGACCGCAGAUCAUGUUUGGCGACAAUCAUUUCUGUGUCGGCACCAUUGUUGCCCCCAAAUUUGUGCUAACCACAGCGAAAUGUACGAUGAGCGAUCGCAAGGUUAUGCAUUUGACUAGAUCAAUGGUCGUUGUGGGUGGCACGCCCAAUCGCCUGAUAGAAGUUCCCGAUACUACAAUAAGACCUGUCAGUCGUAUUUAUGUGCCAAAAACGUUUCUGAGUGAGAAUACAGAUAAUAUUGCACUACUGCUCUUGGUUCGUCGUUGGCCCACAAAUAAUCCCAGCAUCGAUAUCAUUAAUCUGCCCACUGCAGAGCCCAAUUAUGACAGUGUUUACAUGGUGCUGGGUUGGGGGCGCUUCUUCAAGGGCGGACCGUUGGCUGGCAAUUUGAUGCACAUUUAUGUCAAUUUAAUCGAGCGUGAGAAAUGCCAGGAAAUCGUUUCCAAGCUGCAGCCCGAUAUGCUCUGCGCUGGCAAUGAAAGCGAACCCGUCGAUGUUCAUCCCUGUGCGGGGGGAUAAUGGUGGUCCGAUGAUCGUCAACGAGACGAUCUAUGGCCUGGUAUCGUAUCGCUUGGGCUGUGGUCAGGUCUCAAUGCCCUCGGUUUAUACGGAUGUGUGGUACCACAUGGAUUGGAUCAACGAUAUCAUUCAAAAUAGUUGUCCUGCUAAGCUCAAGCUUCCGCUAU